AUGGCCGACGAAGAAUCAAUGAUCCUCGUAGCACUCAUUGCGUCUCUCGUCGCAAUCAUCAUCGCCCUGGGUCAGCUCUUGGCACAGAUAUUUGGAACGGUAGAGGGCUACAGACGAUGCCAGCCUUCUGUCUUGGGUCCUUUUUGGGCCCGCAAAACAAAGGCGCCCUGGCGUUGGAGCCAGUUUCGAAUCGAGAUAUUUUUCACAACGCCCGAAAUUGCUUUGGUAUCGUCUCCGCCGGCCGUUUCUCCUUCUUCUUUCCUCACGAUUGCACACUCAAUUUCCAGCCCCGAGGCGGCUCGAGAAACUAGCGAUGCGCCCGUAAACGAGCUUUCUUGGCCCGUCUUGUUUCCCCGGCAGCGAUCUUGGGACUUUAUGCCGCCGGAUGUCGUCCGCCCGUUUGCCUCCACCACGCUGUCGGAUAUUGCCAUCUUGGCACGGCGUAUGGGCAUGACGUGGACCGAAUUUAAGCCCGCCGAAGGUGUGCUGGAAGCCCAGGGCAGUGGCCACGCCCUGUCGUCCACAACAGUGCGAGGCGUUGGGCUCAUGCUCACCUAUCGUCUUUUAAGUGAAUCCGGACUAUCCAAUCAUAAGGCUAUUUCCAACUUGGCUAGAAGAGAUCGACUAGUGUAUUCAUCUGACUAUUCAAUUCCCAAGGCACUUGUCUGCACAACGCACACUGACAUGAUGUGGUUCGGCCUCCUUCCAGGUAAUGUCGAGCUGGGGCUACCCAACUUGGAAAUAGGAACCUCCGACAAGAUCUAUGCAACACUAUCGGCGUUGGAUCCUUCGGGGAAGGCGGCUAGGAACCUGAGAGCGCUGCAGGCAGAAGAUGCUCGGCGGCUACAUGGUUUCUGCGACAUCGUCCCGAUGGUGGCACCCUGGCUGCGUCAGCGGCCCGGUACCCUCAAUCAAUACCCACGCCCCUGGAGUUACACAUAUGGGCUGACAUGGUAUCACGUAGCUUACCAUGCGUUCUACCACCGGCUCUGUGAGUACCAUAAACAUGGCUUUGGAACGCUGUCAACACGCUGUGUAGAAACCGAGUACCUGGCACUACAGAACAUGUGUGGAGAUGAGUGGGAUAGAAUCAGCCCCAACGUCAAUUUCAGAAAGGGGGAGUUUUUUGACAAGAUCCAACGUCUCUACGAGCAAACAACACGAUACUUUUUAAACAAAAAGCAAAUGACAUCAGAAGCCCACCAAAGGCACAACGGGAUCGAUUACAUGGACCUGGUAACAGCGCAUCUCUGCGAGGCCCCUCGCUCGUACGGUGAUGCGUAG